CACAGUUCGAUCGGGAUUUUGACGUCCACUGUAUUUUGGUAUUUUAUGUGUGCGAAAAUUUGCAGAGAAUUUCAUAAAAGCGUGGAAUUACGCCAAAGCAAACACUUUUGUAUCCAUUUUGCAACCAUGGAAGACAUCGACGAUCAGUUAUUUCAUUACGCCUUAGAGAGACGAGAUCGAGGACAAAAUGCUGCCUCAAGCUCAAGAGCUAUAGAGUUAUUACAGUAAUGUAAUAUUAACUAUGAUUGGACAUUUCUCACAGUUUCUUGUUCCAGGGAUAAUACGGAGGCAUCCGAGGAGGCAGUGGAAUUUAUGGUUGACGGAGUCAUGCUGAUCAAUAGAGGAAAAGUAACUCAUAAAUUCCGUUGUCACUUGUGCACAGACUCCAGGGACUUCCCACACUGGAAGGCGCUGCGAAAGCAUUUGCAUGAACACGUGGAAGGGAAGUCCUUGUCCUGCACUCUCUGCCCGGAGACGUUCACAGACUCAGAGUCCAUGGUCCAGCACAUCUUGAGCCACAAGCCCGCGGCCAACCACGAGUGCCGCGUGUGUGGAAAGGUGUUUAAAAACAGCACAAUUCUCACAUGCCACCUGGUCGAAGGCGAUCCCAUCAUCCGGCAUGACAUCUCCGCGUCCGAUUCCAGUCAGUUCAAGAAGUGCCUCGAGUGCGAUAGAUUCUUCAUCGACGAUCGAUAUUUCAACUUGCACAUGGCCAAAUAUCAUACAGCGACACACAAUGCAAGCAACGCAAUCAAUACCAGGAAACGCCGUCAACGGGAGACGAGCACAAGCGCUAAAAUGAGUCUCCGGAAGCGUAGAUACGAAGCUGAGGAAGAUGAUGAGCAUAAAUGUGAAAUUUGCGAUGGGAAUUUCGAUUCAGAGGAGCUGCUUCUUCGUCACAUCAAAGCAUCGCAUUUACGAUAAAUUGACUGGCUUUUUCUGGCUUCAUUGGCGCUAUUUAACGUGGUUAAACUGAAGGUUAGGAUAAUGAAAUAAAACAUGAAGUUUUGGAAGUCUUUUUCUCAGUAAAAUACAUUAAUUGAAUUGGAAAUCAAUUGUUGAGCAUUGAAAACAUUUAAAGUUUCCG